AUGUCUACACCUUAUAAGACUUAUAACCUUAAUUUUGCUAAACCUGAUUUAGACGAUAGAAAUUAUCGCUUUAUUGAAUUGCCAAAUAGCUUAAAAGUUUUACUUAUUCAAGAUGCUACUACAGACAAGGCAGCAGCUUCAUUAGAUGUCAAUAUAGGUGCAUUUGAAGAUCCAGAAGGCUUACCGGGCCUAGCACAUUUUUGUGAACAUUUGUUGUUCAUGGGCUCUGAAAAAUAUCCCGAUGAGAACGAAUAUUCAAGUUUCCUAAGUACCAAUGGUGGGUCAUAUAAUGCAUACACUGGUGCUUUAAAUACCAAUUAUUUUUUUGAAAUUAAUUAUGAACAUUUGGAAGGUGCAUUAGAUAGAUUUUCAGGAUUCUUUUCCCGUCCUUUAUUUAGUAAGGAUUCCACUGAUAAAGAAAUUAAUGCUGUUGAUAGUGAAAACAAGAAAAAUUUACAAAGUGAUGUCUGGAGAAUGUACCAACUAGAUAAAUCUUUAUCAAAUAGAAAACAUCCUUACCAUAAAUUUUCUACAGGUAAUAUACAAACAUUGGGUACAAUUCCAAACGAACAAGGCCUAGACAUUAGAGAUGAGUUAUUAAAAUUCUAUAAUAAUUCCUAUUCUGCUAAUUUGAUGAAAUUAACCAUUUUAGGUAGAGAAGAUCUAGAUAUUUUGGGUGAUUGGGCAUAUUCCAUGUUUAAAGACGUUAAAAACCUAAACCGUGAGUUACCAGUUUAUGAAGAAAAAAUGCUUACUGAAGAAUAUUUAAUGCAAAUUAUUAAUAUUAAGCCAGUUCAAGAUAUGAGAAAAUUGGAACUUUCAUUUACAGUGCCCGACUUAGAUAAAGAAUGGGAAUCUAAAACUCCUAGAAUUUUAAGCCAUUUACUUGGUCAUGAAGGGUCUGGCUCAUUAUUAGCUCAUUUGAAAUGUUUAGGUUGGGCCACAGAAUUAGCCGCCGGUGGCCACACUAUAUCUGACGAUAAUGCAGUUUUUUCAGUGGAUAUAGACCUAACUGAAGAAGGAUUUAACCAUUAUGAGGAUGUUACAGUGGCUAUUUUCCAAUAUAUUAAUAUGUUAAAAGAUACCUUACCACAAGAAUGGAUUUAUGAUGAAUUACAAGCAAUUGCUAAUGCUGAGUUUAAAUUUAAACAAAAGACAAGCCCAUCCGGUACAGUUUCGUCAUUAUCAAAGGCUUUAGAAAAGGAAUAUAUCCCAGUAGAAAAAAUCCUUGCUACUAGUUUAUUUUCUAAAUAUGAGCCUGAACUUCUUAUGAAUUAUAUAAAUGAAUUAACUCCAUAUAAUUCACGUUUAAGUCUUAUCUCUAAGGAUGUAGAAACAGAUGAAGUUGAAGAAUGGUAUGGUACGGAAUAUAAAUCGAUAACCUAUCCUAAGAAAUUUAUAAAAAGACUCGAACGUGCAGGUUUUAACAAGAAUUUAUAUUUACCAAAUCCAAAUGAUUUUGUUGCCACGAAUUUUGAUGUUAAGAAAAUAGAUAAUAUAACACCGAUCGAUGAACCAUAUUUAUUAAAAGAUGACCAAGUCAGUAAAUUAUGGUUUAAGAAGGAUGAUAGAUUUUGGCAACCACGGGGUUAUAUUCAUAUCUUUACAAAAUUACCACAUUCUCACGCUAGUAUCACCAAUUCAAUGUUAACUUCAUUAUAUGUUCAAUUAGUCAAUGAUCAAUUGAAAGAUCUUCAAUAUGAUGCAUCAUGUGCUAGUUUGGAUAUUUCAUUUUCCAAGACAGGCCAAGGUUUAGAUAUUACAGUAAGUGGAUUUAAUCAUAAAAUCCUAAUUUUAUUAGAAAGCUUUCUAAAAGGUAUUAAAAAUUUUAAGUUGGAAAAAUCCAGAUUUUUAAUAUUCCAAGAGAAAUAUAUACAACAAUUGAAGAAUAUGUUAUUCCAAGUUCCCUAUGGCCAGGUAUCUCACUAUUAUAAUUAUGUUAUCGAUGAUAGAGCUUGGUCUAUAAAAGAGAAAUUGUCUACCAUGCAAAAAUUAACAUUUGAAGAUCUUGAAAAUUUCUUACCAACUAUUUUUAAUGAAGUAUAUUUCGAAUCUUUAGUGCACGGUAAUUUUGAAAAAUCUGAUGCAGCUGAAGUUAAUCAAUUGGUCGAAAAAUACAUCUCAGGGUCAAUUCACAAUCCACAAAUUAGAAAUGAUAGAUUAAGAUCAUACGUUCUACAAAAAGGAGAAACUUACAGAUAUGAAACAUUAUUAGAGGAUCCAGAAAACGUUAAUUCUUGCAUUCAGCACGUUACUCAAAUUGGUCUUUACAACGAUAGAUUAGCUGCGUUGAGUAGUUUGUUUGCUCAGAUAAUUAAUGAGCCGUGCUUCAAUAUUUUAAGAACAAAAGAACAAUUAGGAUAUGUGGUUUUCAGUUCAAGCCUAAAUAACUAUGGUACUACAAAUAUCAGAAUCCUAGUUCAAUCAGAACAUACUACAGAAUAUUUAGAAUGGAGAAUUGAUGAAUUUUAUAAAUCAGUGAAAACAAUUCUAACUCAAAUGGCACCUGAAACAUUUGAAAAUCAUAAAGAUGCUUUAUGCAAGACAUUAUUGCAAAAAUAUAAGAAUAUGAAAGAAGAAAGCAGUAGAUAUAGUAAUUCAAUUUUUAAUGGUGAUUACGAUUAUUUAUUGCGCCAAAACAAGGCAAAGCUGGUAUCAAAGUUUUCCAAAUCAGAUAUUUUACAAUUUUAUGAUGAAUAUAUUGUUAAUGAAAACAGUUCUAAAUUAAUCAUUCAUUUGAAAUCUCAAAUUAGCGAAACUAAAAAAGAUGAACCCAAAUUGGAUAGAACAAAAUAUCCUACAGGUGAGUUGAUAGACGACGUUGCUGAGUUUAAAUCAAACCAAUUCAUUGCUCCCGCUCAUAAACCAGUUAAGAAAUUUCAAGUCCAGGAAAACUGA